AUGUCAGCCAGAAUUGUUUCAAAACGUCAGUUAAGACGAAAAAUUAAAGCCAAUGUAUCCAAGAUUAUGUCUGAGAUUAAACUUAGUGCCAAUCAGUUAGAUAAAAAUACAUUUAAAAAAAUAAGAUCGAAUCAAACAAGCAAUCUAUUAUUAUCGGAACAGCUCGUAGAAAGUAAAAUAAAUAGCCGCUCAAACUUAACCUCAUCUAAGCUAGAUGAGAGAGCCAUUGUAAGUCCAAAAAAAAUCAUAAUGCCAGGACUAGAUGAGACCUAUGCAGAAAAUAUUUUAUUGAGUCAUACUUUAAGUACUAGCAUAACACAGUCCAAAAAUAUCACAAAACAAAAUAGUAGUUAUGAAGUUGAUACCACAAAUAAUGUAGCUUUAUCGGAAAAUACUUAUGCACUUGGUACUACAAAUAAUGUAGGUUCAUCGAAAAAUACUGAUGUAUUUUUGCAGAAUUUUCAGCAAUGGGCAUUAAAAAAUAAUAUAACGCAUACUGCAAUAAAUGAUUUAAUAAAAUUAAUAAAGGAAAAAUAUCCAUUUCUUCCUAAUGAUGCCAGAACAAUUUUAGGCACUCCGAAAAAUAAUGUGAGAAUAAAACUUGACAACGGUGAAAUGAUCUAUUUUGGCAUUGAAAAUGAGUUAAGGUAUAUUUUAAAAAGUAUUCAACCUGAAAAAAGAAUAAAAACAUUUGUGCUUCAAUUUAAUGUGGAUGGUAUAUCACCUUAUAAUAACAGUUCAUUGGAAUUAUGGCCCAUACUCUGUAAAAUAAACAAUUACGAGGGAAUAAAACCUUUUGUUGUAGCUGUUUUUUCUGGUAGAGGUAAACCAUUACCAAUCAAUAAGUAUUUGGAAAAUUUUGUUAAUGAAGCAAAGAAUCUAUUGAAAAAUGGGUUGGACUUUGAGUAUCAAAAAAUUCGUAUCCAAAUCCUUUUAUUCACAUGUGAUGCCCCUGCCAGGGCUUACUUAAAACAAGUUAAAGGCCACACAAGUAAAAAUGGGUGUGAAAGAUGUACAAUUACAUCGCAAUAUGAAAACAAAAAGCAUUUUUAUCCCACUGGAGACCAUGAAUUAUUAGAAGAUGCCACGGUUAUGCUACAAAAUAUUAUAGAAGCAAGUGAAAGCGAAUCAGGGGCUGGAGUUCCCCCUUUAACAAGAAAAAAUAAUUUUUAUGAAUUAGAAAACGAAUCCGAAACACGUAAUAGAUCAGAAAUGCGUGAUAGAUCAAAAUCGCCUGAUAGAUCAGAUACGCCUCUUGGUGCAUUACCUAGUUCAUAUUCAUCUACGCGUGGAAGAUCAAUAUCGCGUGUUAGAUCAGAAUCUCGUGAUAGAUCACAAACUCGUGAUAGAUCACAAAAUCGUGAUACAUCAGAAACGCAUGAUAGAUCGGAUACGCCUCUUGGUGCAUUAUCUUCUCCUUCAUAUUCUGCUACACUAACUAGCGCAUCGUCAUUGAGCACAUCAGUUGCUCUGAAUGAAGGGGUUACAGAAAGAAUUCUUCAAACCAUGCUAUCUAUCUCGGAACAGGUGGCACAAAAUACUUUAAGAAACCAGCAAAUUCUUAGAAUUUUAAAUUCUAAUGAAUGUGCAGUUUUAAAAAAACCAGACAAUUUUCCAAUACUUCCAUGUACAUCGAAAGAAAUAAGUGGGAGCAUAGGUGAGGAGACUAUGAAGCAAUACAUGGUUGACUUUCCGUGUGAUGAUGAUGAGGUUAUUGAUCUUACCACCCCAUCAUUAAUUUGCAAUUCUCCAAUGCCUCCUGCCACCCCCCAGACAGGUGUAAAGCUGACGAAGGCGCAGCAGCAGCAGCAGCAGCAGCCUCCACCAUCGUGGGUCCUUGAAAAUUUCCAACCACCCACAUCAUCUGGGAGAUACAUUGGGGUAAAAAGAUUGGCUCUAAAUACAUCCCAGUUGGCCUGA